CAAACGUAUAUCGAUGUAUCGUUAUGUUCAAUAAUACCAUCGUCAGCGAAAGGAGACGGAGCAAAACAGCAGCAGAAAAAGAAAGCAAACGCAAAAAGCCAUACAAAACAAGAAAAUCAUUUCUCUGCUCGGCGCUACUCUUAUUAUAUAUUUGGCUAUAUUUCGUGUUUUGUGGUGCAAAGAGUGUAUAAAUCGCCCACGCGUGCACUUCAACCAUACAAUUAUAAUUUGUGCUCGUCGACUGCAAGUUUUGUUGACGUCGCCGUCGUUGUUGUCAUCGUCUUGUGACUAUCGGGCAUUCAAAAAGAAAGUCGUAAAAAUAUAAAAAAAAGAACUAGCUGGGAGGAGUAUAGUUGUCAUUGUUUUUUUUUUUUGAGCUAUAUACAUAGCCAUACACACACACACACACACAGCAUUCACACAUACACAAACGAACUAACUGCAGCAGCAGCGCAACGCAGGAAAGAAGCAGAGUUAAAACCGCAGUCGAAGAGACAGAGACAGUGGAAGAGGAAGAGGCAGUGACAGUGGAAGUGGAAGAGGAAGAGUCAGAAGUAUUGCAGCAGCUUGCUUUGGAGCACUUAAACAGCAAAAACAAAAAACUAAAAAAAAACAAACAAAAGCUAAAGAAAUUUGCGCAAAAAUUCAAGCAAUUUAAAAAAAAAGAAAAACACCUUCUAUAUACAGCAUAUAUAGAAAAAGCAUAACAAAAAAAGAAAAUAUAUCGAAAGCAAUCUACUUGUAUAAGUCAAACGCAAAAAACAAACGAAAAUGAGGAAACAAAAAGACGAUAUGCAGGUCAAUGUCGCCGGACUACGCAGAAACAUCAAGAAUCUCGCGCACAACUAUUCCGAUGCACAGGUUAAGGUGCGCGAGGCCACUUCCAAUGAUCCGUGGGGGCCAUCGGCCACAAUUAUGGCCGAAAUAGCGGAUCUAACCUAUAAUGUGGUCGCCUUCUCGGAGAUAAUGCAAAUGAUAUGGAAACGGCUCAAUGAUCACGGCAAGAAUUGGCGUCACGUCUACAAGGCGCUCAUCCUACUCGAGUAUCUGAUCAAAACGGGCACCGAAAAGGUCGCCCAGCAAUGCAAGGAGAACAUCUUUGCCAUACAAACGCUACGGGAAUUUGUCUACUUCGAGGAGGGCAAGGAUCAGGGCACGCAUGUCCGCGAGAAGGCCAAACAGCUUGUCAAUCUGCUCAAGGACGACGAGCGGCUGAAGAAUGAGCGUGUCAAGGCGCUGAAAGCCAAAGAACGCUUCGCUCUGCAUCCGAGCGGCUUUGGCAGCGAUGGCUACAUUGAUGGGCCAUCGCAACGAGAUUUGCCGCCUGGUUGGCAGGAGGAGCCACCCAAAAAUGCCUCCGAGCUCGAGAUGGUGCGACCCCAGACGGCUGGCGAGGAGGAGCUACAGCUACAGUUGGCGAUGGCCAUGUCGCGCGAAGAGGCCGAACAGGAGGAGGCCAAACGACGCAGCGACGAUGUGCGUCUCCAGCUGGCGCUCAGCCAGAGCGAGCAGGACUUUAAUCCAACCAACGCGCACAGAGAUCCAAGCGGACGGCCAGUAGCGGCGCCCAAGAAAGAGGAACAACAGAGCCAUUUGCUGGACUUGCUGGAUAUCUCGUUGGGCGCAACAAGCAUUUCGAGUCCACCAUUGGGCGCUGCAGGCGGUGCACCUAUUGUUGAUCCCUGGGCAGCGCCAACGGCCCGUUCCGGCAGCCAGCUGUCGGAUCCGUGGCCAGUGCAACCUUGGCGUCCGGAUACAGUGGCAGCGCCACGCACCAUCAUGAGUACCGGUGUGCCGCUGAGCUCUGCAGCUGCGCCAGCUCAGGUCGGCGACGCGUGGUGCAUGCGCACACAGUCUCCAUCAGUGGCGUCUGGCUCCUCCAACGAGGGCUGGCUACAGACCAAUGGCAAUGCCAGCCAAAAUGGACGUAUGCCAGCGCCUGCUCCACUCGAUCCCUGGCUAACAAAAUCAACGGCAAACGCUGGCCUUGUUGCUGCAGCGCCUCCGUCGCAUGGCGCCAACAAUGCUAGUAGCAAUGGCGUCUCAGCGGAUCCAUGGCUAGCCGAACCGCAACCAGCAGCAGCACCGCCAGCAACUCCAGCUGACCCCUGGGCGGCAGCGCAGCCAGCAGCCACAGCAGCGCUCGAUGAUCCCUGGAAGGCAAUGCAGACAGGCGCCGUGAAGAAACAAUCGCCCGACUUUGAUGAGUUCGAUUUGAUAACCAAUCGAAAUAAAAGUGCCGAACACAAUUCCAAUGCCUCCAAUAACAACAACAACAAUGCUUCGCUGCUGGACGAUAUGGAUCCGCUUUCGACAAAUUAUGGCAACAAUGGUGUCUCUGUGCAUCCAUCGACGGGCGCCACAACCAAGAAACCGUAUCGGGAUCCGCUCGCAUUUCUCGGCGAGAACUCGGCACUGGUCAAUCUGGAUAAUCUGAUCAAACCGAAUACGCCGCAGACACAAUCCGGUCUGGCACCCGCCUACAAUCCGUUUGCCGACAAUGUGAUGCCACCGAAAACAAAUCUAUUCCAGCAACAGCAGCCAGCCGUGCCGUCCAUCAAUCAGUUGAAACAGCAACCGCCCUUCCCCGUCAACAUGAAUCAGGAUCCUUGGGCGCCGGUUAGCGGCGGCGUCAGCGCAGCCUCUCAGGCAAAGCCAUUGCAGCCACUGCGGCCGACCAGCUUGAAGCUGAGCGAUGAUUUUCAGCUGUUGAGCGUAUUCAAUAAACCACCACCAAUCGUGUCCUCCAACCCACAGCCGAGCACGCAGCUCUACCACAACAACAACAAUAAUAAUAACAACAUCAUAAGCGACAACAACAACAGCUACAACUAUGGAUUCAACCGGAGCUACAACAGUCCGGCAAUUGACAGCAUACGCAACAUGGACAUCUUAAACGAGACGCAGACGGAGCAACGUUCCUAUUUCCCUAGCCCCACGGCGCCUUCGACUGGGCAAUACAGUCAUAGCAGCACUCCUGGUGGGUAUUCCAGCUACACUCAGUGCUACAGUAGCGCCCUAUCCGAAUCCCUGGCCGAGACACCGGGCAUUAGCAUUUCACCCAUUGUCUACGAUGAUAGUGGUUUCUAUGGCAACUCCUCGAACACAUCCGCGAGUGGCAAUUACUGCAAACUGGAACAAAAUAACAACAUGCCAUGGAUUAAGCCGGAGGCAACCGCUACGAAUCCGUUUCUGUCAUAAGUGGGAGGAGUCAAUCAGCAGCAGCAGCAACAAUUAACAGCAGCCAAAAUAUCAAUAACAACAGCAGCAAAAACAACAACACAUUGUCGGGGUGGUGCAUGGGACUGUUUAACAAGAGGAAGAGCAACAACGGCAACACCAACAGCAACAACAACAACAAAAUGAAAAUAUGAAUUAAUUGAUUACAAAAUUAUGUGUAAGAAAGUAUUAUUAAACUGUAAAACAUGUGAUGUGUUGUACAGCACCACCACCAACAACAACAACAGCAGCAACAGCAACAAAAACAACAACAACGACGACGAGAACAACAAAAACAACAACAAAAAAAGAUACCAAAACACCAACAAUAGCUGCUACUGAAUCCAAUGUGCAAUGUGUGUGUAGCUUCAACAGCAGUUUCAAAACUUUUUAACAUAUUUGUAAUAGCUCUUUGAAAUAACUACUCCAAAUGUAUAGAUAAUAAUAUUAAUAAUAUGAGUAUAAACA